CCUCACAGACUUGAACCUUGAGUAAACCACACUUCUUGUGUCUGUGUCCUUCUGGUCCCGGGUACCCGCAUCUGUGCUCCAUCACUCAACCUGAUCUAAUCUUCUCAAACAAUUUAUUUUAACAGUUGUGGGCCCGUCCGCGAAGGGGGGAUUCUCCCUGUGAACCAGGAAAAGCACGCCAGAGAUCAGGAAAGGACCUACAAUAAAGGAGCAGCACUCAAGUCUCAGUGGACACGUCUUCUGUCAGGCUCAAGAAAUGGACUCAGUCUUUCAGACUUCUAGUUUCAUGUAUUCAACAGUUGAUUCAGAUGAAAUACACUCUCAGUACAAAGGUAACUCCACUGAAGAGCAGGAAAGAUUUUGUCCACCUAAAUGGACAGAAGUUCUUCUGAUUGUCUCUCUGUUUUUUGCUCUUGGAGGUCUCUGUGCUCUGAGUAUACUGUAUGUCAGUGUUUCAGUGAAGCUGUCUGCCCAGGAAACUAAUGUCACCAUCAUGGUGAGAGAGACUGAGGAACUUCGAGCCAAUUACACCAGAGUUACAGAAGAUCUCCGCAUUAACGAUAUCAUGGUGAGAGAGCUUGCAGCUAACUACAGCAUAGUUGGAGAACAACUGUCUUUUUAUGAAGCAUUUACAGCUCAGUCUUUGAACUGUGAUAUGAGCUUGACAUCUUUUCAUGGAAAGUUGUACUUCUUCAGCUCUAAUAAAAUGGACUGGUCAAGCAGCCGUGCUUUCUGUGUUUCAAAAGGAGCUGAUCUGGUCACCAUAACCAGCCUAACAGAACAGCUGUUUCUGGCCUCUAAAAUUAAAGAUACGUACUGGAUUGGUCUCAAUGAUCUGGACACUGAGGGACUUUGGGUUUGGGUGAAUAACCAAACUCUCAAUGAAACUGGAGUACUGUUUUGGCACGGGAGAGAUUCUGAGAUAAGUGAACCUGAUAACUGGAAAAAACUGGAUCUCACUGGAGAAAACUGUGCACUUGUGAACAACAAUUUCAACUAUUUAAACAAUUGGUUUGAUAGUUCUUGCAAUUCUAAGUGGAAGUUUAUCUGUGAAAAGAAAUAAUUUACCUCCAUCAGUGAUGCUUAACAAGGUCUAUUAUGUAUAUGCACAGAAAACAAGGCUCUUUUGGAUUUAUUUACUCAGAUUAAAAAUGUUUUUUUUUCUCCAGUGAUUGAACUGAAGCUCUGUAAUUAUGUAUCCUGUCAUUUUGAUUUUUAUUUAAGUGCUUAAGUAUCCUAUAUGAAACUGCUGUGCACUCAAAAAACUAUUUAGGCCUAAAUGUAAGAUUUAUAUAUUUGAAUUGCAUAUACAAUUUCUGCCCAUUUGGCUUACACAUUUUUAACAAACUAAUAAGCUUAAUGUGAUGCAUAUUUGUCAGUCAGAUCAUGGCAUCAUUAUUGAAAUGCAUGAAUUCAAAUAGCUGAGAACCAGCACAAACAUGUUCAUUGUGAAAAUUACAUUUAUUCAGUUAAAAAGUAUAAACAUGGUUAAAAUAUGGCUAGCUGUGGAUCAAGCAAUACUCAGUUGGUUACAAUGUAUGAGAUUGAAACCAAUUGGAUUUAUUGAUGAUAAACACAUAAGGUUCAAGGUUCUUUAUUUGUCACCUACAUAUACAUGUGAUGCAAUGUAGUGAAAUGAUUUUUCCCUAGUUUCUCAUCCCACAAUGCAAAAAUACUAACAACAAUAAUAUAAAAACAAGAACCCCCCAAGAAAAAUAUAUAAAGCCAUAAACAUAAAUAAGAUCAAUACAGUGCAAAAUCUGCAAAUUAUAUAUUUAAUACUAAUAAAAGUC